ACUUAAAGUUACAUAAGGUUGUUAGUUUCCCACAGUAUUUCCUCAGAUUGCAUGUAGCCUAUUCUGUGACAGGUUCUCCACCGUUUGACAGGCGAAAUGUUUUUCUUUGACUGGUUUUCAGCAACCACUUGGACUUUGCUUGUCCUGUUCUUCACCCUGUCGAUGCUGUAUGGCAUUUGGCCAUAUGGGUUUUUCAAAAAAAUGGGUGUACCCGGACCGAGGCCACUGCCUUUUAUUGGAACAAUGUAUAAACUUACAAAGGGGAUAGUUCCUUUUGACCGUGAGUGCCAGAACAAGUACGGGGAAGUGUGGGGAUUGUUUGAUGGGCGAACUCCUGUCUUAAUGGUGUCAGAUCCUGAGAUUAUUAAAACCGUGUUGGUGAAGGAGUGCUACUCAGUGUUUACCAACCGCAGGGAAAAUCCAGUAGCAGGACCUUUAGAGGAUGCAAUUAUAUCAGCGAAAGACGAAAAGUGGCGGAGAAUUCGAAGCACAUUGUCACCGUGCUUCACCAGUGGAAGACUGAAACAGGUUUUUCCCAUCGUUGUUCGCUAUGCAGACCGGCUGGUUGAAAAGCUUGGACAAAGCAAUAAAAAUGACUCCGUUGACAUCAAACAACUUUUGGGACCUUACAGUUUGGAUGUGAUCACCAGUGUAUCUUUUGGUGUUGAAGCGGAUGCCAUAAACAAUCCAGAGGACCCGCUCAUCGUUCAUCUCAAAAAGAUUAUGAACUUCAGCUUUUGGCCCAUUUUCCUGUUAAUGAUAUUUCCAUUUGGUGCCCGUCUGAUGAAGCUGCUCAAUAUUGACAUGAUGUCAAGAGACAGUGUGGAUUAUUUCUACAACAUCAUGAAGAGUUUUAAAGACCAGCAUCAGUCUGAAAGAUCACACCGAACAGACUUCCUGCAGGUGAUGAUUCAGAGCGAGAUACCGGAUGCAGAGAUCAAGAAUGAACAAGACCAGCCGAGUAAAGGUUUGACUGAACACGAGAUUCUCUCCCAGGCCUUCCUCUUUAUCUUUGGUGGCUACGAAACCACCAGUGUUACCCUGAGUUACAUCCUCUACAACCUAGCCACCAACCCUGAUGCCAUGCAGACCUUGAAGGACGAAAUUGAUGCCAAACUGCCUAAAGAUGCUCCAAUUUCGUAUGAGGAUCUGGUUGGUCUACAGUACCUGGACCAUGUUGUCAAUGAGUCGAUGCGUUUUGUUCCCACUGCACCCCGGCUGGAGAGGGUGUGUAAAAAAGCCGUCCAGGUUCACAACCUCAACAUACCUGAGGGAACUCUCGUUGGGAUUCCUGUGCACUUACUACACAUGGACCCACGCUAUUGGAGAUCACCUGAGAAGUUCAGACCGGAGAGGUUUGACAAAGACAGCGGGGAGGAGGUGAACCCGUACGCAUUCAUGCCGUUUGGGCUCGGUCCUCGCAACUGCAUCGGGAUGCGUUACGCUGUCCUAACCUUGAAGAUGCUUAUUGUUCGUCUCCUGCAAAAUUACACAGUUGAAACAUGCAAAGACACCAUGAUUCCUUUGGAGUUCGACUGGAAGUUCCAGCCAUUGAAGCCGAUGAAGCUCGCGUUUGUCCCCAGACCGCAGUGAUCAGAGAGGGAUCAGAAGAAUCUUUUGAUGUGGUUGUUUUAAGAUGUGGCUAUUGCUGGCAGGAUGACAUUUAACGUGAAUUAUACUGCUGAAAUUCAGUUAACACAUAACUUGGCUUUUCUGGCAUUGUUGACAAUCAAAUGUAAGCUAUUUUAUUCAUGUUUAUGCUCUUAUAGAAAUGACCUUGGAAGUUUUUCAUUUGAUAGUAUAAACAAGGUUAACUCUUGCCUUUUUUGAUACAGUUUAUAUUUUUACUCAAUGUAGUUAACCAUGCACCUGUGCUCCUUUUUGUUAAUAAAUGAUGAAUUUAUAACUGCACAAUAAAUACAGUAAUAAAGAAGACAGAAACUUUC